AACUUCAUCAUGUCAAAACAUCAAGAACAUGUUUCUAUUCUUUCGAAACCAUUCAGUGGUACACAAGCUCAAGUGGAUGCACUUGAAGAAUUACGACAUCAAUUCACGAUUACCAAUGAUAUGAGUAAGCAGAUAGCAAAAACAUUAUUAUCCAACAUGGAAGAAGGUUUAAGAAGUGAGGACGCGUGUGUGGCCAUGUUACCCUCUUGGUUACAUUCUCAUCCUACAGGACAAGAAACUGGCGAUUAUUUGGGUUUGGAACUUACAGGUGCAUUGAUCAGGAUCUAUUUCGUCCGUUUCCAAGGUCGAGGUCGACUGACAACACGACAACAGAAAUACAAAUUAACCGACACCAUGAAAACAAGCACACUCGCUGGAUUGGUUGAUACAUUGGCUGAUAUUGUCGAUCAAUUCUUGACUUUUCUUGGUAAUUCCGUCACCACACCUUUACACUUGGGCUUCGUCUUAUCUUUUCCUCUUCAUCAGACUGCUAUUAACAAGGCUUCCGUCGCCAAAUGGACAAAAUCUUUUGCUAUCACUGCUUAUGAGAACAAGAAUGUGGUUGAAUUGUUACAAACUGCUCUUAAUCGAAGAAGUAUUCCUGUCCAUGUGUCUGCUAUCAUCAAUGGUGCUUGUGCUAGUCUUUUAGCCAAUGGAUAUCGAAGUUUAGAUACUUUAUUAUCAUGCACAAUUAGUAAUGGAACAAAUGCUGCUUAUUGGGAAAAACUGAACGCGGUGAAAAAAUUGGGAACAGCAAAGGAUGAUCAAGAAACCAUUGUGAACACGGAAUGGGGAUCGUUUGGUGACAAUAACCGAGAAGUACUUCCACUUAGUAUGUAUGACAAUCGUGUGAAUCGACAAUCAGAGAAUCCUGGAGUACAUACAUUUGAAAAGAUGGUCAGUGGCGUGUAUUUGGGUGAAUUGGUACGCACCAUCAUUGUAGAAUUCAUGGACCGACGGAUUUUAUUUGCUGGACAAUACACCAAGGAACUCAACACACAGUAUGGUUUUGAUACGUCAUACAUGGGACGCAUUGGGAUGGAUGAAGAUGAGAAUUUGAACGACACAGGUCAUAUCCUGGAAGAUAUCAUGGGCUUACCCCCCACCAGCUUGGACGAUCGCCGCAUUGUGAAAACAAUUUGUGAAUUGGUAGGACAACGUGCUGCACGACUCAUUGGAACUGCCAUCAGUGCUAUCAUUGAUAAACGCCACGCCUUGGAUGAUUGUACCACUCUCAGUGUCGAAGGUAUCAUUUAUGAACAUUUCCCCAAUUUCCCUCGACGCCUCACCGAAACUUUACGUCGUAUCUAUGGUAAUGAAUCGGUCGAACGGAUCAACAUCAUGGUCACCAAGGAUGGAAAUGGUAUUGGUGCUGCUUUAGCCGCCUUAUUGGCUUCUCAACAAAAGUAAUUCAAUAGUUAGCAUUUAUUUAUUGUUAUUUUAUGAAGAAUUAGAAUUAGUUUUAUUAUUCUACCUUUUUUUUAAAAAAAAAAAAAAU